AUGUAUGCAUGCCUGUAUGUCUGUAUGUACAGUAUAUUAUGUAUACUGUAUGCAUGCAUGUCAAACAUGGUGGUUACUGAGCUAAGACAAGUUUUAUUUCUGACACCAACACACAAUGUCUGUGUGUGUGCGUGUGCGUGCAUGUGUGUGUUUGUCUGAGAAGGCCUUCAGUAACACUCAACUGACGGGAUGGCCAACCACCACUGUCACCGGGAACAUAGACAACGCCAGCCUCUGCCCAGUGCAGGAACUCAGGGUGGUGGUGCCGACAUGUUGGGCAGAGGAGGAGGAGGAGGAACAGGGCACCGCAGGGCAAGGGGAGACCCCGGAGAGAAACGGCAGAGUCCCCGCUGAGCAGGACUAUGUGAUGAGCUUCCACUUGGAGCCAGAGCCCCACCACCUGAACGUCGUGGAGACGGCUGAUGCUGCUUUCAGCUCCCUGAAGAGACAGACACCCACCCAGCAGCUACUGCUGCAGGACCAGGCAGAUGGUGGCGGCUCUGGUGGUGAGGAUGACGAUGACACGGCCGCGGGGCGGGAGGGAACUGUGGCCCGUGUGGAGAAGCGUGAGCAUCCUGAGCACCUCGAGCGACUCGAACGCAGCGUGGAGGAGAUGCAGCUGGACAUCAUCAGGCACCUCCAAAUGACACAGACACAGCUGCAGGAGGGCGCUCACAAACGUCAGAAGAAAAGGGUCGGCAGCUUCCUAAGACGCCUUUGUAGCAAAUGCUGGUGCCUUGGAAAAAGGAGUAGGAAGGUGGGCCCCCAGAACACCAAGGAGACCGACGGCACGCAGGGAAUUAAGGAACGUGCUGAAAUGUGCAAGGAGACCCACCACAGGCAGGUAACCAAGGAGAUCACAGAGGAGGAGGAGCGUAACAUGGCUGAAACGCGGGAGGAGGACAUGGAGGAACAGGAGGAGGUGCAGCAGCAUCAGAAGGGGAUCUGCUCCAUCCUUAGGAGCCUUGGCAACGCUGCGAGGGACCUCCGGAAGAAGGAUAGGAGCACGGAGGAGAGCCCAUCCGAAAGGAAAGGCCUGAGGAGCGUCUCGGGCGCGGCGUGGAGGAGAUGCAGCUGGACAUCAUCCGGCACCUCCAAACGACACAGACACAUGAGCUGCAUGAGGGCGCUCACAAAUGUCAGAAGCAAAGGGUCUGCAGCCUCCUAA